CAGUUGCAAGUGUUUCGAGAGCAAUGUUCAUCAUCAAAGUAUUCGCGGCCGUUCUCGUUGCGACGGCAAUUUUGCAUCCAGCAAUAGCCGCCAGUUUGGCAGAGUCGGCGGAUGCACCAGAAGCGCCAAAUUCAUUGGAGGUGGUCCCUCUGGCCCGUGCCGUUGAGAUCGACGAACGCGCUAAGAAUUUUCUAAAUGUGAAGAACUGGAAUGAGAACGCCAUCGAUAAGAGAUAUAGCGCUGAGGAUUUGCCAGCACUGGCAUUCGCAUUGAACAACAUCUACAGCGGCGAUGCGGCAUCCUUCAAGAAGAUGGUAACUCUACAAUUGUACUUGUUUGGCAAAUUCGACGACAAAGGCGAUGUGAAUGAUGAAUAUGUCUUAAAUGUGGCACACUAUUUCGCACAAAUUAAAAAGAAUAAGUUACAUUCGAAGUUAUCCAGUAACUUGAAGAAUACGCUGAAUGACUACAUCGGCUACUUGCCGCCAUCGCUGGACUAUCUCUUCUUCCAGUCGUCCUUCUGUCUGUUGAAUCGCAAGCACUUGAAGUACCUCUAUACCACAGACAUGCACAUCGACAGUCAGCGGGAUUAUGUUUUCAUUUGGGAUAAGGAUUCAAGCAACAAUCAAAAUAAGGGCGCUUAUACAACAACAGUGAAUGACGUGUCCAGCAAUCGUCAGACGAAAUUGAAAUUCACACUCAAAAACGUCAAGUCGAAGCGCUACGCAUACUUGGAACGCAACAGUUACAAUGGCAAGCGAAAUUUGCUGGCAUCGUGGCACGCCGUCAACCAGAAGCCUUCAAACGCCGAGUGGACAGUCUCACUCUACCAAAAUCAGCUGAUAUUUAGCCAAAAUGGACGUGUCAUUUGUGCCAGUGACUCGCUUUACGAUCAAAGCAGGCGCUAUGUCUAUGGCUUGGAUGAAGAUGGUGAGGAUAAAGCAGCAUGCCAAUGGUAUGCCAAGGAUUGUCCAUGAAGGCGAAGAAGUUGGAGAUAACAGCAGUAGAUAUGAAGUAAGGGCUUUCAGUGGGGACUUACCAUGUAUGAAGGCGUUAAAUAAAAAAAAAAUGUCUAAAUUUGCAAACGAGCCAACUCUAUAUUUGAAGUUUUACUGCGCCAAAAGGACAAUUAAUAAACUUUAGGAAGUAUUCGUCAAA